UGACAUCGCCUCUCAACUCACUCUGGUGUAGCGUGCCAAAUGUACGACAAUUUGUUUUCUCAUCCGUUGUUUAUCUUGCGCAAAAACUUGCUCUAUAAUUGUUUUUUACCAAAGUUUCGUAUUGCCGCAUCUCGCUGGCUGGCAAAGCAGCUGAUCCAUGGAAAUUGAUCGUGCAGUACUGUAUUGAUCAAUUGGGCGUACGCUUUGCCCAGUCAUUGGCAAUCAGUCCGAAACACUAAAGCUACGCAACGCUGGUACAAAAGUGUGGAGUACUGGCUGCCGUUUCCGCUGCUUUCGCCGUUCGAUGUGUGCUAUUAACUAGUUAAUGCAUAGAAACACUUCACCAGCUGUUUGGCCACAAUGUCCGAGGGUCGCAAUAAGACGAAGCAGAAUUUUACGAGCUACGUAAAUCAGGUCCGGGAGGAAAACUUUGUCAAUGAUGACUACAAACCAAAGCUGCUGUCAGGGGAACUAGAGGCUGCUCGCGCGAAUAACGUAUGCAUGUACAUCGCAUCCUACCUCAAAGAUGGCAAGGUGUGUGGUGAGAAAACAGGAAUCCUGCUGAUCACCAACUUUCGGUUAUCGUUCGUAUCGUUGGACAUGGAAGACGAACAGCUAUCGUUCCAGAGUAACCGAUUUCUCGGUUCUUCGGAGGUGUCACUUUCCAAUAUCGACAGAAUUUAUCAGUAUGUGGAUAAAAAAAAGAGAAUCAUAAGUCCGCAGUUUAAAAACAGCAGCAAGAUUGACAAAAUACGCAUCGUGUGUAAAAAUUUUAAAACAUUCACUUUCGGAUUUCAACUGUCGGAAAUAGGGAAGGGAAAGUACAUCGCCGACGCACUGGUGAAGUUUGCGUUUCCCGCCCGACAUAAUCUGUUAUUUCUGUACCGGUUCAAGGAGAAGUACUACCGCAGCUCCGCGAGCGAGAGUGUAAAAAUGUAUGACAAAAAAUUGGAUUGGUUCCAAGAGCUGGAACGAUGUAAUGCGACUGGAGGGUGGCGCGUGUAUUCCAAGGAUUGCCGAGUCUCAAACAGCUCGCUGCCGAUGCAUUUCGUGGUUCCAAAGCACCUGAGCGAUGUCGACUAUGAGAACAUAUCGAAAAGCUUUCGCAAUAAUCGUUCUGCUAUAUGGGUUUGGGGCUUUAGGGAUGCAGCACUGGUGCGCUUAGCGGAGCUGAACCCUGAUGUUACCAAUACGACGGUAGAAAACAUUUUGCUGGAACACGUGCGUCGUUGUGAUCCGCAGAAGAGACAACCGAGGCUACUGGAGUUGUACAAAAUUUUGCCGAGCAUACAGGAUGUCAACCUUAGCUACAUGAAACUGCGGGAUCUCUGCACUCCCGACGGUGACCAGCAAUUUAUGGCACAGGAUGGCCGAUUCUAUACGCUGCUGGAGAAAAGCUACUGGCUGCUCUACGUGUCGCUUUGCUUGAAACACUCGGACAUUGCCGCCAAACUGCUGCGCGAGGGGCAAACGGUGGUGCUGCAAGAAAUCAACGGGCGAGACAUGAGCUGUGUGAUAUCGAGCUUGGUGCAAUUAAUAAUGGAUAGUAGCUAUCGUACGAUACAAGGCAUUCAAAACCUCAUCCAAAAAGAGUGGGUCAUCCUGGGACACCCGUUCAGCGACCGGCUGGGGCACGUGUCUACAGUCAAAAUAACUGAGCGCAGUCCCCUGUUUCUGUUGUUUCUCGACUGCACCUGGCAACUGCUGCAACAGUUUCCCGAGGCUUUUGAGUUUUCGGACGUUUUCCUAACCACGCUGUGGGAUUCACUGUUCCUGCCCAUUUUUGACACGUUUCAGUUUAACUCUGAAACCGAACGUUACCAGGCGUUAAACGCCGAACACGUUGUGCUGCGACCGGUUUGGGAUUGGGAAAAACAGUUCGACCAUAAGGAUCUUGCGCUGUUUACAAAUCCGCUGUACCGCGCAAAAUGGCAGCAAACGGUACUACCGGUGGUGCAAAGCAAUAGCAAUAGCAAUCCUUCCAGUCCGCAAAUCCCACUCGCCAGCUCGUUGUUUGGUACGCGACGAGCAGAUGAAGCGAAUGGACAUUCGGUGCUGAAUGGAGCCGACAAAUACCAGUUGUUGAAGAACAACGAACAAUUCCUGGAACCGCAAUGCUGCCUGCGCGAUAUUGAAUUGUGGCAACAGUGCUAUUUUCGUUGGAUGCCACAUCUGGAGAUAAAAUACGGUGGCAUUGCGCAGUGCGACCUGCUGAACCGAUUGCUCGCAAACAAUAUCUACAAACUGCGUCGGGAGCUCGGCCAGUCAGUAGCAUCCGAUGCGUCCAGUGAGCGUGUGGAUACACUAGAGCAAAUCUUAUCAACGAUGAUAAUACAAACUCGUGAUCCUGACGCGGCGUCCGAUGCGUCUUUUGUGAUCAGUUCAUUCUUUCCAUUCUCUAGCAUAGUACCGACGGCCCAAGCGGUAUGUUCGGAGUUGUUGAUAGCGAGCAAUGAUAUAAACUUUUCGCACGAUUCUAUGUAUGAAACGUCUUCGUUGAACGACUGAGCCAAACUAGAGAGCUACUGGCGAGCGCUGUCCCUGGCGAGGUAAAUAAUGCUUGAGACCCAACAUAAAUGCUAGCAAAGAGUGUUGGCAGCAGGAAUAGAAACCGUCAGCCAAUAAUUGUUAGAAGCAGCAGGAUUCGUUAUGAAAUGAUUAUUUUUAUUACGUUUACCUCGGAACUAAUAUUAUUAUAAAUAAACAUUUUAUUACAUUACUUGUAGAUUU